UGGGACCGGCUGCGGGGCAGGCGGGCGGCGGGCGGCGGCCGGAGUGCGGCCGCGAUGGCGCAGCGAGGGGCGGCGGGCAGCGAGGGGGAGCCGGGCACCGGCACCGGGACCGGGGACGGGACCGGGACCGGGACCGGGACCGGGACCGGGACCGGGACCGGGAAUGGGAACGGGGCCGGGAGCGGGGCCGCCGCGCCCUUCCAGCCCCCCGAGGGCGGCUUCGGCUGGGUUGUGGUCUUCGCCGCCGCUUGGUGCAACGGCUCCAUCUUCGGCAUCCACAACUCCUUCGGAAUCAUCUACACCAUGCUGCAGAGCGACCUGGGCGAGGGCGAGAAGGACCCCGCGCUGGAGUUUAAAACAGCAUGGGUGGGCUCCUUGGCCAUGGGCAUGAUUUUCUUCUGCUCUCCCAUCGUGAGCAUCUUCACAGACCGGAUCGGCUGCAGGACCACGGCUGCCUUGGGAGCUGCCAUCGCCUUCAUCGGGCUCCUCUCCAGCUCCUUCACCAAGUCUCUGGAGGUCCGUUACUUCACAUAUGGCAUCCUCUUCGGCUGUGGCAGCUCCUUUGCCUUCCAGCCCUCGCUGGUCAUCCUUGGCCACUACUUCAAGCGCCGCCUUGGCUUGGCCAACGGCAUCGUGGCUGGCAGCAGCUGCCUCAUCUCCGUGCCGCUGCCCUUCUUCCUGAAGAUGGUGGGGAAGGCCAUCGGGCUGGCGCACACUUUCCAAGUCCUCAGUGCCUUAAUGCUCAUCCAGAUAUUCCUGUCCAUGACGUACCGGCCCAUCCUGCCACCUUCUUGUGACUCUCAGCACGAUGGGCAGGAGAAGCUGGGCAGCCGGAGCCUGCGGCAGCAGUGCUGGUCCCAGAUGCGCAAGUACUUCAACUUGAGGGUUUUCCGGAGAAAGACCUAUCGGAUUUGGGCCUUUGGGAUUGCUACGGCCGUCCUGGGGUAUUUUGUCCCCUACAUGCACCUGGUCAAAUACGUGGAGAAGGAAUUUAAAGAAACCAAAAAGGACUGGAUUCUCCCCGUCUGCCUCGGAGCCAUGUCCGGGCUGGGGCGCUUGGUUUCAGGCCGCAUUGGCGACUGCAUUCCGGGGCUGAAGAAGAUUUACCUGCAGGUGGCAUCCUUCAUGCUGUUCGGCAUCAUGUGCAUGAUGGUCCCGCAGUGCCGAGGGUUCGAGGGCGUCAUCGUCAUCUGCCUCUUCCUCGGCCUCUGUGACGGCUUCUUCACCACCAUCAUGGCCCCCAUCGCCUUUGAGCUGGUGGGGCCCAUGCAGGCGUCCCAGGCCAUCGGGUACCUGAUGGGGCUGAUGGCCGUGCCCAUGACCGCGGGCACGCCGAUAGCAGGAUACUUCAAUGAUUAUUUCGGGAAUUACCAUGCGGCCUUUUACUUCGCUGGAGUGCCCCCCAUCGUUGGCGGCUUGGUGCUCUCCGUCGUCCCGCUGGUCCACCAGAGGAUGCUGCAGAAGCAGCGCCUGGAUUCCGGCAAGGACAAGAUGCUGGCCCCCGAGGUGGUGGUGAAUGGUGAGCUGCUGCCUGGCUGCCCUGCCUCCGAAGCACACAUCUGAUGCGCCGGCAAGCGCGAUCGCCACCAGCAUCCUCCACAAGCCCAAGCACAGGCCCUUUUCUAGCCAGACUGUAAUUCUCAGUGAUUGCAGAUGCACUACGUUUGUAAAGGAAAAAGAAAAAGCUCUUCUGGUUGAAGGCGUUUAACUAGCAGAAACGCUUUUUCUUGGGACAGUUUUGAUUUCAAAGCCACCUUUAUUUUUUUUUUUCUCUAACUGUUUUUUCUAAGGAAAACUCUCACCAGGAUUCAAACUUGAUCGACCUCCCUCUCCUUUCCCAGUUUUCUAUACGUCACAACAGAGGUUUACAGCUAAUAAAUGUCUUUUUAAAGCAGGCCACAGCCGGAGCUUGUUGCCCCUUCCAGAGACCCAUCCCCUCCCCUCCCCCUUUGGUGCGCCAGGUCCAGAAGCUGUGCCAGAGCCAGCAGCUCCAGAGGAGGAAAUCAAAACCAGACUAAUGGCCAGCAAGCCCCGCUUUCAGCUUUUUCUCCCCUCCUUUUCCACUGCCCUCCCCGAGAGCUGUGGCUGUGUGCGCUCAUGGGGACAGGAGCAUCCUGCAAAAUCUGCCUUAAAAUCAUGGGAGGAGACCCGUUGGUGCCUUGGGCACCUCCCACCUCCACUCCGGUAUCUGGUGCCUGAGGUCUGGGCCAUCCAGGCAGCUCCAAGCAGCAAAACCCUUGGGCUAGAUGGAGAGAUGGAGGCACGCAGGGCCAGGAUUAACUCGGGUGAGAGCAAGGACCGAAGGCAGCUUCCAUCCCGGUUGCGUCAGAUUUUCCUCCCCAUCACCCACCAUUAAAAACGAGAGCCUUGUAUGUAGCUCCGCACCCCGCAUGCCCCUCUGACCCUUCUGUUUUUUUAAUCUGCACUGGUUAAUGCAUUGUAAA